AUGGGCGCAUGCAAUGCCAGUGGGCCAUCCUCAGCGAAAGGCCCCAAGGUGAUGAAAGAUGCUACCUCCACUUCAUCUUCUUCCUUUGCCGCUGCCCCUGCGGCCUUACCUGAAGCUGACCACCCGCAGCAAAGCCACCUGCCAAAGCAGGAGAAACUGCGGGAGGCCAAUGCCCUACAGCGUCCCAAGACGGAGCUCCAUACCGAGGGAAAGGUCCCCGAACCCUUCCAGGCCAAGUCAGAGGCUGACGCUGAGAAGAGGCGUUUGGCUGAACGUCAAGAGCGGCUUCUGCUGAAGGUGCGAUGUGACGAGGAGGCAGGGCCAGAGGAGAAACUGCGCGACCCGCGUUGCCAUUCGCGCAUAGAGGCCGCAGAGACCAAAGAGGCCAAGGCUGAGAUGAAUUUGAAGGAGGUGAAAGGAGGAGCUGUGAUGGAGGAGAAGCUCCAGGAGCGGCCACUGGGCAAGGAGGUGCGGGCUUGCCUGCUUGGGCGAGGGGGGCAGGCGGCACCCGCUGACACCAGAACUUCUUAUGAUAGGGAAGCAUCAGAUCGACUAAACCUGCCUUGCCGCCAACAUGUGUCUUGUGCGAAUGUGCUUCCUGGAGGCGCGCUCAGGUGGAAGGUGAUGGAUGUUGCUCGAAAUUUUUAA